AUGGAACGCCCAGUGCCCUUACUGGUGGAAGACAUCCUUGAAGCGGGAAGGAUGCCCGCACCAGUCACGCAGCCGGAUCACCCGACCCAGUUUGCAUGCAAUGAGGUGGGGAAGCCGCGGCAGGCUUGGCCCACGUUCGUGUCAUACGAGGGGGCAGCGGCCUUCAAGAUGCACGGUGAAGACCCGGGGCCAGGGCUAGUAUACGACUGUACGGCGGGAGAAUGGCAAGAACCGACAGCGUUGGAGCGGGAGUUGGCUAUGGGGUUUAUGGAAGAUGCGACCGCACAUCCAGAGGUGACGGAGGCUGAACGAAGGCGUGCGCUAGGGAGAGCCAUGGACCUGAACGUCAUGCACUGGCUGAUGGCGACGAUCCAAAUGUAUCACUCACAGCUGCGGUGGGAACGAAAGCGGGAUAAGGCAGCGGCAGUGCAACCACCCACGGAGCGCUCGACAGCUAAGGCGGCACUGGCCAGGGCCAUGUUGGGAGAGAUGCACGAGAACGACAUGGUCCAGCACCAAUUGGGGCAUCCGCUGGAGAGGAGGUGGGUGUAUCCGUGGGAAGAGGAGGACGAAGUACCAGCAUUGUAUGCAGAACAGACCCAGAUCUGGCUGCCAGCAGCACAGGAAGAGGCCGCCGUGGACAAGAAGCGGGAGGACUUGGACUGGGUGGAGGAGGCCAUCGAGAGGCAGCGGCGAAGGGAGAGUUACGAGCGAGAGUUCGGGUCAAGAGAAUUCGCGCUGAUGGCGGCAACGAAGGAGGAAGGGGUGGAGACGAAAACUCAGGGAGGGCACCUGGAGGAGAAGGCACAGGGCCUGCAGACAGAGCCAGUCAAGACAGAAGGUCCAGGGGAGCUGGAAGUCACACCCGGCAGCUGGAGGAAGGCAGGAUCGCUGCAAGACUCGUCUGUUGGUAGCCAUGCUUAG